AUGAUGCGAAAUUUCCUAGCGCGGCCGACUCUGAUUUAUUCCAGAAGAACGUAUUUUUCAAAAGGGCCAAGGAAUGUUCUGCUACAGUACUUAGAGAAUUACAAGAAGGCUUUGAAGCAUGGCAAUGAAAUUAUCAUUAUUACAGGCUACACCGUUAUGGUCAUAACUGGAUGCUGCUAUACGAUGUAUCACAAUGGAGUCAAAAAGGGCGACUUCCAAUGGGACCGGAGACCCUACUGGAAGUACACUUUGAAUGAUCGAUUGAGCGAUUUUGACUGGACAGAUCCGACAGCGAAACGGUUCGUAAAGCCAGGGAUGUAUCGGGAGGCGAUUUUCUUUGGAAACACGACGGGCUGGAAAGAUGAUCUCAAGGAGUUGUUGAGGGAAAUCUAUCAAUUUGACUACUACGAUGCAAAUAUUCCCCCAAAAUAUCUGGGAGAUGCUCCUAAGGUUCUGCCUCCAGAGCAUUUUACUCUUCUCCAGCAGCAUAUGAUCGCUAGAAAUGACAUGGAACCAUCUCAAUGGCUCAAGGAUCCUCUGAAAGAAGCACUAUUUGAACUCGAAGGAGUCGAAUACAAAGAUGAUCCGAUUUAA